UCGACAUUCAACCAUCGACUCAAAUCCUUGCGUGCGCUGCCAUUCCCGCGUCAUUGGUUGUAGUGGUUACAGCAUAGGCAUUGAAUCUAGCCCAAGUUUGACCGUGCGAACAGUCGUAUCUCUCAUGCUUCCACACAAUCGUAAAAUGCAGGGCAAUGUAUUGAGAUCAUUUUUUGGGGUUGCCUUUUUGGUUUGGCUUGAGGGCAGUGCUGCAAAUGAGAGACUUCCAGUACCACCCAGUGUGAGACCAGAAGGAUUCUACUGCCAUCUUCAUGAAAAUCAUACCCUCUGUCGAUAUCAGAAUCAAGUGUCUUCAACAUGUGGACAAAUAAUAGAGCGGGGAAUGACCCAACAAGAGAGAGAGCUCGUUCUGAUGCUCCAUAACGAAAGGCGGGCCUUCAUUGCCAAUGGAAAGGAACUUAGAGGUGAUCCUGGACCACAGCCACCCGCUGCCAAUAUGAUGGAACUGACUUAUGAUGAGGAAUUGGAGUUUGAGGCUCAAUCUUGGGCCGACCAAUGUAUUCGUAACCACGAGUGUCCUCAGUGUCGUAGUUUGGAUCGCUUUAAAGUGGGGCAAAAUCUAUUCUGGUUCGGCCAUUUCUCUGGGAGUUGGGAGAAAUCUGUCAAGGGGUGGUACGAUGAGGUGGUGGAUUUUAACAGUUCCUUUGUGUUUCCUUUCUAUGUUAUUCCUGGCGUUUUGGUAGGUCAUUUCACUCAAAUGACUUGGUCCUCGUCAACCAAAAUGGGAUGUGGAAAACUGAUAUCUCAGCCAGAAAAUAGCAACUACGGGCAGCAAUUCUUCAUUUGCAAUUACGGUCUAGCCGGGAAUCUAAUCAAGUCGGAAAUGUACAAAGUUGGGCAACCCUGUUCAGAUUGCCCUCGCGGAACCACGUGCUCUUUGCGAUAUCCCGGAUUGUGCAAUGGCGUUCCAACUGAGAAGCUCACCGUUCGAACUCCCGUCAAUGUGGAUUUAAGUUGGAUACCCACCCGACCGCCCAUUGUUACCCUCCAUAAGCCCAAUGAAGGACCAAAGUUGGAUGAGGUCCUAGAACUACCACCAAUCAUCGUUGAGCCUCCAGAGGUCCCAGACACGCCAGAGGAAUGUAUUUACACGUGCCAAGACAGUGGUGGAUGCUCGGUGAAGUUUGCUUCGAUUGUUUUUUUCUCGGGAUCGGUUCUUGGAUCAUGUUUUCCCCCAUCAUUUGGUGGAGAAUGCUCGGGAACGCCGGAGAAGUGUGAAGAAUGUAUUGGAAUCUGCAAUGGCAAGAACGGUCAAGAACUGACGGUCACUUUAUCCAAAGGUAACAGCUCAUCGCAAAUUGUUUCUAACAACAUCUCAGAAACGAAGGUACCGAACCAAGAAUCAGCAGGAUCAGGGGAUACUUGCUCUUACAACUGUCAAUCCAGUGGAGGAUGCAGCGUUCGAAUCAAUUCCAAAGGUUUCGUUUCUGGAUCAGUUUUGGGAUCUUGCUUUUCGCCUGGAUUUGGAGGAAAAUGCAGUGGAACACCUACGAGGUGUCAGGAUUGUCUUGGAGUGUGUCAAGAAUUGACACCUGGGGAGCACGUUCGGCCAGUAUCAAUUUAGAUUUUUUCUCCCUCUAUUUAUGAUUCUUCAAUAAAUGAUGUCGACCAAGUGAAGGUUGAAACGCUA